UCCUCCUUUCGUCUGCCGCCGCUAGAGUUUCCUCUUCUAGUUAGGGUUUCCUCGAUCCCCAAUUUUCCCACCCCAACCCUAGCUCCGAUCCACCCGAUGGCGGCCGCAGAGGGCAAGAAGAUCAUCAAGCUCAAGAGUUCGGAUGGCAAGGAGUUUGAGGUGGAGCAGGCGGUGGCCAUGGAGUCGCAAAUGAUCCGGCACAUGAUCGAGGACGACUAUACUGACAACGGCUUGUCGCUCCGCAAUGUCGACUCAAAGAUCCUCUCCAUGGUCAUUGAGUACUGCAACAAACACGUCCAAGCAAAGGCCGUCAACACAUCUGAAUUUGGAGGAGGAGCCAGGGCGUCAAAUGCUACGUCGGCUGUGCCUGCGGCACCCGCGGAGUACCUCAAAAACUGGGAUGCCAAUUUCGUCAAGGUCGACAAGGCCACCAUAUUCGACCUCAUGCUGGCUGCAAACCACCUCAACAUCAAGGGGCUUCUAGACCUGACUUGCCAGACCGUCGCCGACAUGAUGACGGGAAAGACACCAGAGGAGAUCCGCAAGAUCUUCAACAUAAAUGACAAAUUCAAACCUGGGGAGGAGGAGGAGAUCCGCAAGGAGAACCAGUGGGCCUUUGAGUAGAGGAACAUCUAGGGCGCGCUGAAGUAAUGAACGCUUAGUAUUACCAAUGUCUACAUUUCAUUGUGCUCGUUUAUGUCAUAAUGGGUCGUAAUGAACCAAGAGUCCAUAAGGUGGUGUUGCUGAACUUAGUGGUUAUGUUUGCAAAAACAAAAAAUAUG